AUGUCUACUGAUGACUCGUCGCGAAUCUUCGCCAAAUACUACUCUCCUCCACACCCCCCCACAGGUGCUGCGGCCAAUUCGCUCAAUUACCCCGGUGCCAAUCCGUAUCCUACGGUCAAAGACCAGAAAGCUUUUGAGAAGGGGCUGAUGGAAAAGACAAACAAACAAGCUAACGACAUUGUGCUCUAUGACAAUCGAGUUGUUGUGUUUAAGAUGGAGAGCGAUGUGAUGUUAUAUGUCAUUGGCGGUGCGGAAGAAAAUGAAGUCUUGCUGUAUAAUGUUGUAGUUGCGCUGAGAGAUGCGCUGGCCAUACUACUAGGGGGAUCUACCGAUAAGCGCACAAUUAUUGAAAACUACGACCUCGUGUCUUUAACAAUUGACGAAAUUGUGGAUGAUGGAGUUAUUCUUGAAAUUGACCCCGUCGUUGUAGUCUCUCGCGUCAGCAAGACUCCAGCGCCAGAUGCCCCGAAUAUGAAGAGCAUAGAUCUCUCGGAGCAAGGACUGUUGAAUGCUUGGGAGUUUGUUGCUCACAGCGCGAAGGUCAUCUGCCGCGAACUCUCGACUACGUUGGUUGGCCUCAGGGUAUCGAACAUAUAUGAUCUAUCUUCACGGAUAUUCCUCUUCAAAGUUGCGAAACCUGAUGUUCGCAAGCAACUGGUAAUCGACUCUGGCUUCCGCUGCCACCUGACAGAUUACUCCCGCGCCACGGCACCUUCACCCUCACACUUCGUCAGUCGACUCCGAGAGCUGUUGAAAUCCCGCCGUAUUACCGCUGUCUCUCAGGUCGGGACAGACAGGAUCGUUCACAUAGAGUUGAGCGAUGGAUCAUUGCAUUUAUUCUUGGAGUUUUUUGCGUCAGGGAAUAUCAUUUUGACAGAUGGAGACUUCAAGAUUCUCACAUUAUUCAGAGUUGUGGCUGAGGGUGAAGAGCAAGAUGAGGUUAGGAUUGGGUUGAAGUACAGACUGGAUAAUAAACAGAACUAUAGUGGGGUGCCGCCAUUGUCUAUAACCCGCCUGAAAGAUGCGCUGCAAAAGGCCAAAGAUCGAGACAAUUCUCAAGGAGAUGCGACGACUAAGAGAGCCAAAAGAAAGCAGGGGGAAGCUUUGAGAAGAGCCCUAUCUCUAGGCUUCCCUGAGUACCCUCCAUCUUUACUGGAGCAUGCACUUCAUGUCACCGGAUUCGAUUUUAGCCUGCGACCUGAUCAAAUACUGGCCACAGAUGGCAACAUUGAGGGUGUCAUGCAUCUACUUGAGGAAGCCAAGGCUAUUUCGGCAGAGUUAUCUACCACAGGUAAAACUCAGGGAUAUAUCCUAAAGCGAAAUCAAGCCCCCCAGACGGAAACGCCUGUAUUUGGAGGAGAAAUAGGAAAAGAGAAGUCGAAUUACUUUGAAUACCACCCAUUUGAGCCGAAGCAAUUUGUUGAUGACAAUGAUGUCAGUGUUCUACACUUUGAUAGUUUUAACAAAGCCGUGGAUGAGUUUUAUUCGUCCGUUGAAGCUCAGAAGCUCGAAUCCAGGCUUACUGAGCGAGAGGAAACUAUGAAAAGAAAAUUAGAGGCAACAAAACGGGACCAUGAAAAGCGAGUUGGCGCUCUCAAAGAAGUACAGCAGUUACACACUCGAAAGGCCGAAGCUAUCGAAGCAAAUUUGUCAAGAGUAGAAGAAGCAAUUCAGGCCGUUAACAGUCUGAUUGCGCAAGGCAUGGAUUGGGUUGAAAUUGCUAGGCUUAUUGAAAUGGAGCAAGGUAGACACAACCCAAUUGCUAAAAUGAUAAAGCUUCCAUUGAAGCUAUACGAGAACACCAUCACGCUCUUACUUCCCGAGGAUGGAUUCGAAUCCGAGAACGAGUCUGACGACGAUGGUGAGGAAUCUAAUGAUGAAGGUGAAGAGGAAACCCCCAAGUCUGAGAUUCUCAGCGUUGAUAUUGACCUUGGAAUAACACCUUGGGCCAAUGCGAGACAGUACUAUGAUCAGAAAAAAUCUGCUGCUGUAAAGGAGGAUAAGACUAUUAAGGCUUCAAAAAAGGCUCUUAAAAGUGCCGAAAAAAAGAUUACUGCAGACCUUAAUCAAGGCUUAAAAAAUGAAAAGCCAGUAUUAAGGCCUGCAAGGGUGCCUUUCUGGUACGAAAAGUUCAUCUUCUUUAUUUCUUCGGAUGGUUAUCUCGUACUCGGUGGUUGCGAUAAACGGCAGGACGAAAUUCUCUACUACCGACACCUUCAAAAAGGAGAUGUAUAUGUUCAUACGGAUAUAGAAGAUGCUAUACCGAUGAUUGUGAAGAAUAAACCCGGUGCCUCUGAAGCUCCAAUCCCUCCAGGAACACUUGCUCAAGCUGGCACUUUUAGUGUAGCUACAUCAAAGGCCUGGAACUCAAAAGCUCUAAUGGGUGCUUGGUGGGUGAACUCUGACCAAGUCUCAAAGACUACCACGUCUGGAGAAUACUUAGAAACUGGGGGCGUGAUUAUUCGCGGGGAAAAAAACCAUUUACCUCCUGGACAACUUAUUAUUGGAUUUGCAGUGAUGUUUCAGGUCAGCGCCAAAAGUGUGAUAAACCAUGGUCGACAUCGCCAGCAGGAAUUUGAACAAGCUGUACAAAUACCGGAAGGUCAGACGGCACUACGUGCAGCCUCAAAUUGCGACUAUUCACCUAGCAAAGAUGCGGCUACCAUCGAUAUCACAGCCAAACAAACAGAUCUUGACAAGUUAAAGUCUGCUACUCAACUAAGCGAGAAGCAAGUUUCCGAAAAACUUGCACCAUUCGAGAAUGAGGUCCAAGGAGACGUUGCUCCCUCUUCAAGUGCUACAGACUCCCCCCUUGAUCCACAAUUGCCGCAACCACCUAUUAUUCCCGAAGUGGUGGAACAGGACUUGACACAGGAGAGCCUCAUACUCGAAGAGGACACAAUGCCCUCUGGUACAGAGGUCGUAAAUAAUGGCGAUGACGUGAUGUCGCUGCCAUCCCGAGCUUCGAGUACGGUUCAUACCGCUACUUCCACUUCAAAACCCCAGCCACAGGUUCGCGGGAAGCGCGGAAAGGCGAAAAAGCUAGCAUCAAAAUACAAAGACCAGGACGAUGAAGAUCGAGAAUUAGCUCUUCGGAUGCUUGGCUCAGCCAAAACGGCCCCCCCAAAGAAAACGAAGGAAGACCGGGAUGCAGAGGUCCAAGCUCAAAAGGAUCGCCGUAGAGCACAACAUGAUAGAGCUGCACAGGCUGAACGACAACGCCAGGAAAAGCUCAAAGCGCAACAGGAGCGAUUGAAAAAUGGCUUAGACAACAAGUCUAUGGAAGACCAUGUGGAUGAUCUAUCUAGUCUACCCUCACUUAUUGGCACGCCGGUUGUAGGGGAUGAACUUAUCAGCGCACUUCCUGUCUGUGCACCGUGGUCAGCUCUCGGGCAGUGUAAAUAUCGAGCAAAAUUACAGCCUGGAACAGUCGGGAAAGGCAAAACCGUAAAAGAGGUCCUUGGGAGGUGGAUAUUGAGCGCCUCAGCUGUUACGAAAGCAAAGAGGGUUCCGGCUCCCUUAACGGUGGAGGUAGAUCCUAUGCAAAAUGAAAUGCAAGAUCAUGAAGAGGCGAAAACCAAAGAAAACGAGCAGUUGACUUUAACGGCCACAGAACUGGAGCUAUUAAGAGGAUGGAGAGAAGCAGAGAUUAUCAACACCCUGCCUGUGGGUAAGGUCAGAAUUGUUUCUAUUGCUGGAGCAGGAGGCAAUGCAUCGGGCGCUGUUGACGAUAAAAACAAAGGGAAGAAAACUAGUUCUGCUGGUGGGAAAGGAGGAAAGGGUAGCAAAAGUGGAAAGAAGCGAUGA